AUGGAGUUUUCCAGGUAUCCUGAGCUCCCAAAAGAGCUGCGCCUUCACAUUAUUGGAGAGGCAGUCAAACCCUACACCUACAAAAACACCAACUCGGAUCCCACCACCGACACUCGUCUUGCCCGCUUUGCAUCCAUUGACUUUGACUGGAACCAAAUUAUCGAACAAAAGCUCUUCCAAACCAUCGUUUGCCAGGCUGAAGACAUCGCUGAGUUCGGAGAAGAACUUUUCGUGCGCGGUCUUGAGCAGCUUUUCAAUAUUAUGAAGGACUGGAGUCAUGCAGAUAGGAAGCAUCAGGACCUCAUUCAACUGAGUGUUUUCAUCAACACCGACUUUAGAGACUCGUUUUCCAGCCCCUCUUGCAACUUCUCCAACUUUCCCUAUGUACAAAUCAUCGGAGGCAUGUCUGAAAGCCCCAACGGGUGGAGUUGUUAUUCCCUGCACCACACAGCCAUGCAUUCUCUUUACAAGAAGCUACCAAACCUCCACCAUGCAAGCCUUGCUUUGCCCUUCAGGUAUUCUCUGCAGAAAACUAUUGAAGAUGUCAGCAGCGCAGUACGCUUACUGCAUACCACGAAGCCGGGCCUGACCGAACUGGAAAUCAUUGCCAGCGGCUGGUUCGCUUAUCCUGAACGUCUCAUGGGGCGCAGAAAUUGGAUCACUGUUUCGAAAUGCCUCUCCCCACUCGUUUCCCGCUGGAGCGACAAUCUGGUGAGCCUCACCCUGGACCGUUCCAUUGAUGUGCCACAAUUCCUGCUCGUGGCCAGCAAUGCAAUGUGGCCGAAUAUCAAGGAGCUGAAUCUAAGCGGACCACUGGACUACUCGGAGGAUGACGCAGACAGAACCAAGGCCGAUAUCCUUGAAGGGCUGAUUGCUUCUUUGUCGAGCAUGCCAAGAAUGGAGACUAUUCGAAUUCUUCUUGAAGGCCCUUACCCGAAACUUGAGAUGCGCUGCAGCCUGAAGAUAGAUCUUGGAAUCAGGUGGAUUUCCAAGGAGGACUUCGGGGUUCCACGGUGGCGCAGGGGCGCGGUCAUUGAUGCUAUGGACACAACUCCCUGUGCUGACAGCCUUCUGCCGGUCUCGACCAGUAGAAUAGCCCAAGCAGUCGGCAUUAAUUUACAGGGACACCUUGUAACAGAGCUACAAGACACGGUCUGGUUGCACCGCUCGCUGGACCUGGAAGUGUUUUGUUGCCACGGGGCAUGCCGGGCCCUGAACGAUUCAAAUACUCCUUGCACCAGAUGGAACCGGCGGACAUACACCUGGGACAAGGUCCUCAACAACAUGGAUGAGUUCAUAUACGAAAUGGGCCUGUACUUCGACGAAAUGUGCCUGUUGGAUGAGAUGGACGAAUUGCCUAACUUCUGCGACAUAAUCCGACCAUCUCACGCACACGAGACACCUCCCUUCCACCGCAACCAAAUCAAACACAACCAUCACCUCAAUUCCAAAAAAAAAAAACUCUCCAAGAUGCAUCUGAUGUGCAACGUCGACCCUGCCUCGGGCAAGCGCACCUACACGCUCAAGAAGGUCCUCGAGGGCAAGGUCACCAAGUCGGCGCACCCGGCGCGCUUCUCGCCCGACGACAAGUGGAGCAAGCACCGCAACCUGCUGCGCAAGAGAUUUGGCCGCCUGCCCCAGGGCAUCUAA